AUGGCUCUUCACCCGCCUCCCGAAGGCGAGAAGCUCAUUUUCGCGCCCGCCGGCUCGGCGCAAAACACGCGGGCGGACCAGUUCACGCUGUCGUCGCUCUCGCGGGCGUCGCUGCACCCGUCGUCGCCGAUCCCCCAGUUCCACACGUGGUUCACGGCGGCGCAGGAGUCGCACGCGGUCGCGCACCCGGAGACGUGCACGCUGUCGACGGCGUCGCUGCCGUCGGGCCGCGUGUCGGCGCGCAUGGUGUACCUCAAGGAGCUCGACGCGCGGGGCGGCUUCGUCGUGUACACGAACCUUGGCACGUCGCGCAAGGCGGCGGACCUGGCGACCAACCCGCACGCGAGCCUGACGUUUUGGUGGGAGGCGCUGCAGCGGCAGGUGCGCGUCGAGGGCGUCGCGAGCCGCCUGAGCCCCGAGGAGAGCCAGGUCUACUUUGACACGCGCGUGCGCGGCAGCCGGCUCGGCGCGUGGGCGAGCCGGCAGAGCCAGGUGCUGGAGCCGCGGCCCGGCGCCGACGACGGGCGCGCGCAGCUCGAGGGCUGGGUCCGCGAGGCCGAGGAGCGGUUCCGCGACCAGGAGAGGAUCCCCGUGCCCGAGUUCUGGGGCGGCCUGCGCAUCGUGCCGGAGAGGGUCGAGUUCUGGCAGGGCAGGGAGAACCGUCUGCACGACCGGUUCGUCUACGACAAGGCCGAGGGCGACGGGGACGACAAGUGGACCAUCAACAGGCUGAGCCCCUAA